ACCCCGCCCCUCGGUCAGUCCAGUCCCGGUCCCCAUGGAUCCCUGCAGCGGCUCCGUGUCUCUCCCUCUGGAGCGCCUUCCUUUCAACAACACGGCGCUGAGGAGGCUCCCGGUGGAUGACUCCGAGGCCGCGGGGUCCCGCACCGUCCCCGGGGCCUGUUUCUCCCGCAUCCGGACCCUGCAGCCUUUGCUCCGCCCGACCUUUGUGGCCGUGUCCGCUUCGGCUCUGGCCCUGCUGGGGCUGAGCGGCCGGGAGGUGCUGAGCGCCCCGCUGGGUCCGGACUACCUGAGCGGCUCCAGGCUGCUGCCGGGCUCCGAGCCCGCGGCGCACUGCUACAGCGGCCACCAGUUCGGCCUGUUCGCCGGGCAGCUGGGGGACGGAGCUGCGCUUUACCUCGGGGAGGUGGAGGGGCCCGGCGGCCAGGGCCGGUGGGAAAUUCAGGUGAAAGGCGCGGGAGUCACACCUUACUCCAGAGACGGCGAUGGGAGGAAGGUGCUUCGCUCCAGCAUCAGAGAGUUCCUGUGCAGCGAGGCCAUGGCCGCCCUGGGGAUCCCCAGCACCCGCGCCGCCGCCCUCGUGACCUCCGACCUCUACGUCACCAGAGACCCGCUCAACAACGGCCGGCGUGUCCGUGAACGCUGCUCCACGGUGCUGCGGGUCGCCCCGUCCUUCAUCAGGUUUGGAUCUUUUGAGAUCUUCCUGGGCCGGGACGAGUUCUCGGGCCUGCAGGGUCCCAGCGCAGGACGCCACGACGUCCGCGCCCAGCUGCUGGACUACGUGAUCGAGAGUUUCUACCCUUCAAUACAGCGACGGCACAGCAACCGCAAAGAGAGGAACACAGCUUUUUUUAGAGAAGUGGCGAUGCGAACGGCCAAGCUGGUGGCCCAGUGGCAAAGUGUCGGGUUUUGUCACGGUGUCUUAAACACGGACAACAUGAGCAUCCUGGGUCUGACUUUGGACUACGGCCCCUUUGGCUUCAUGGACAGAUUUGAUCCAGACUUCGUUUGCAACGCCUCGGACAGAAGGGGGCGCUACUCGUACCGAGCCCAGCCGUCUGUGUGCCGCUGGAACCUGGCCCGUCUGGCGGAGGCGCUGGGCUCGGAGCUCCACGGGGCCGAGGCAGGGGCCGUCCUCGACGACUUCAUGCCCGCGUAUGAGGCCUUCUACCUGGGCAACAUGAGGAGGAAACUGGGCCUCCUGAGGAGAGAGGAGGCAGAGGACGGCGAGCUGGUGUCAGACCUGCUGCGCCUCAUGCACAACACCGGCGCAGAUUUUACAAACACCUUCCGGCUCUUGAGUCGCGUUCCCUGGCCUGCAGAGGGCGACAGAGAGCGGAGUGCAGUCGGGGCGGUGGUGGAUGCCAUCCUGGACCAGUGUGCUGAUAUUGAGGAGCUGAAGCGUUUUGGAGAAAAAGCUUACCAAGACAAUAUUGAACUGGCCAUGAUCCUGUCCAUGGCGCAGACCAACCCGGUCAUGUUUGGCAUGGUGGCGGACCGGCCGGAGGUGAGCCAGCAGCUGGAGAGGAUGGGCCGGCUGAAGGAGCUGCUGGCCACCGACCAGGCUGAGCUGAGAGAGAAGCAGCGCGACGACUGGAUUCACUGGGUUGGCAGAUACAGGAGUCGCUUGGCCAGGGAGUGCGACGGAGCGUCCGACCCGUGUGCCGUCCGAGAGGCGAGGCUCAGCGCCAUGAACAGCACCAACCCUCGUGUCGUCCUGCGCAACUACAUCGCCCAGAAUGCAAUACAGGCUGCCGAGCGAGGAGACUUCUCUGAGGUCCACAGGAUCCUCGAGGUUUUGGAGAAUCCGUACUCUGACGCACCUGGAGCAGAGCCGCAGGAUGGAUCUGAUGGACGCAGCAGCGAAAAUCAGAAGGACAGGGAACCGAAAUGUGAAGGAGAGACGGAUUAUAAACAGCUGACCGUCGGCUACGGCAGCAAACCGCCUGCCUGGGCACGAGGUAUUUGCGUCACCUGAUCUUCAUAGAGCCUCCCAGACCACAGAGGGAGAGAGACGGGUCAGUUCUCCGCUGACGGACCACAGGCUCGGGACUCAGGGGAGAAACCAGAUCACUGCUACCUCGGUGUGUGAAUGGAAAUGACUGAUUUCUCACCGGAGCUGCUGCAUGUCUCUCUCCUGCUGGUUGGUUAACGCCAAGGGAGAAUAUUAUGUAAUCCAGUGGUUUCCUUUGCCAUCAGCAUAAGCAUGGAUUUUUGAGUGUGUGAAUGUGUGUGUGAGUGCAUGCUUUAAUUGCAGUUUUUCACAGUCUUAAAGGAAUGGUGCAACGUUUUGGGCAAAAUACUCCUUUCCCAAUUUCCCCAGACUGAGACAAGAUGUUGGAUACCAUUUUCACCUCUGUGCGUCCAGUGGUUCAGUUCCUAGGGACAGCAUUUUGUUAGCUUAGCAUAAAGACUUGAAGUCUAUGGGAUUUGUUAGCCUAGCUCUGUCAAAGAGGAAAAAAUAAACCUUACCGCCACUCCAAAGCUGUGUUAUUACACAAUGUAUAUUUCUUGGAAUUUUAAACAAGAAGAGUUGUUUUAGGUGAAGUUGGAUGUGGAACUAUAACCGCUCAACACAGUUAACUUUUAACUUAUCCUUUAACUUUUCCCAAAAUAUCGUUUUUUAAAUUCCAAGAUGUGUAUUUCAAAUAUACAUGAUCCACUGUGUAAAUAAGACAGAAAUGGUAGGCCUAUCCAACAUCUUGUCUCAGGCUGGGCAAGUCGGAAAAAAAGGGUGUUUUGCCAAAAACGAUGAGGUCUUCCUUCAAACAGCAGUGUGACAGCAUCAGAAUUAAAACCAGAAUUUACUAUUUGAGAGGAAUUGGCCUUUGUGAUGUUGAUGCGGGAACACAUCAACAAUUCACAAAACUACAUUCUGCACGGCAGGACCUCAUAUUCAGAACAAUGCA